GGUAAGAGGGAAACUAGCUUUUACCGAGCGUUUUAAUAUUAGCGGUUACGAGCUUCUCGCGUAUUGUCCCGGUGAGUCUCGGUUCUCUAACGUCGAAGGAAUGGAGCGUAUCUGUCUGGCGAUACUCGUCGCGAUGUGCAGCGGAAGCAGCGGCCAGUGGUCGCCCGAUUGGGUGAGCGGACUGUCGCGAAACAUCGAGGCGUUGAACAGGAACAUUCAAGAGAACGUGCGACAGGUGAACCUAGGAGUGCAAGAAGCGGUGCGAGGCAGCUUGGAGCAGGCUCGUCAAGCAACGAACGAGAAAUUGAUUUCAGGUGACGUGCAAAUAAUCGGAGGCAACAACGCCAUCGUGUCGAACCAGGACGGCGUCAAGUUCGUGCGGUCCGGCCACACGUCCGACGGCAAGCCGUACACCCGUGAGAGCUCGGAGCAGAUCGUGGGCGACGUUCUCCGACACGUCCUGAAAGUUUACUAUCCCGCCACGAACACCACCGCGGUGCACGGCUACACGUUGGAUCUAAAGGACCCGAACGCCAAACCAGUUCCGAUAAACGGCGAUAAAUAGCGAGUCCGAAAGAAUGCCAAAAGACUCGCAACGACGCAGACCAUAAUUUUGUAAUGUAAACCUAGAAUCGAAUAAAUAAACGUACGCAGCAGAAA